GGAUUUCUAUGCAUAGGGGAAAUCCAGUAGUCAUCUUUUGGCAAGAUCAAAUAAACAAUAAGUAAUAAUCAAUAAACCUUACUUAAGCAGAGGGAAGAUUCGACAGCUUUCCUCAGGAGACUAUUGCAGUGUAAGGAGGAGUUCUUUAUGUCUAGUCAGAAUUUUAUUUCUCCCUAAUAAUUGAAGCCCAUUUAUUUUGCUUCAUUCUCAGAGAGCCAUCAUUUCCCCAACAAAAUCCUUCACAUCAAAUUCUUUUCUAAAACAACAGCGAGCAUUUGUUGUUCGCUAUGUAUAAAGCGCUGUGCUAAUCCCUGGGCAUACAAAGAAAAGCAAAAAUAUGAUCCCUGCCCUAGAGGCACUCACAGUUGAAGGGCAAAAUAUAUUUAAGUAUUCAGGUCAGGGCAUCUUACCUACCAUCCCUUCUCCUCUACACUAACCCCUUUAUAUCCUUCUGUUGUACUUCCUUCACAAACUUCCUUCCCACUCCUCAAGAAAAUUCCUGAGCAUGCUUCCCAGCCGGUGUCUGUCUUCGCCAGGAUUUAGAGAAUGUCAAUCUGCAGUUGCGCAGCUCCCCCUGGCGACUGGGCUUGGCUGUGCGGGCUGGAUCCCGCAGCGCACGCCUUGUUGACGCAGCUCCAUGAUCUUCUGGAACUAGAGAUCCUUUGGCAUUCGAAACUGGGUGGGAGUUGGAGGUGGGCCUUGUCUCCCUCGGGGGAGCGGUGGGGGUGGGAUCUCCUCCGAGGGAAUCGCGUCUGUUUUGAGGGUGGCACUCGUAAGUCGUCAGGUCUCCACCUUCCUCAUUUUUCCUCCUCCCCGCCCCUCCAGCCAUGGACCCCCCUCCAGGGGAUGUGGACCUCCGGCGUAGAGCUCUGGAGGAAGACUACAUAGCUUCCGCUGGGGUGUUUCCACCUCUGAUAAACCCUUCACAACACACUUUGAGCACAACCAUCAAGACUUCUCUUAAAAUGAGAGCUCAAGGACUAGGAUUAAUUAUUUUCCAACACGGGCCCUAUCUCCAGAUAGCCAACCUUGUGGAGAAAGGAACUGCUGCCAAGGAUGGAAGAUUAAAGCCAGGUGAUGUUUUGAUUUCGAUUGGCCAUUCAAAUGUAUUAGGAUAUACACUUCGGGAAUUUUUACAGCUUUUGCAUCAUAUCCCCAUAGGUGCAAUACUCCAAAUCAGAGUUUAUCGAGAUUUUAUUGAUAUACCACCAGAAUGGCAAAACAUAGAUGACUUAAUCCCUGAGACUAAGCCUGCCGUAGUAAUAGCUAACACAUCAAGGAAAUAUGAAGAGAAAGAUACAUCUUUCUCGAGUAGUGAAGAUGAUGAAGAUGUAGACUUAGAUAAACGAUUUAAGUACUACAGAUCACCACAAUCAUUUCGCCGUCAUUCUAUAAAGAAGCUCUCAUCAAUUUCUACUGAAUGGCAUGGAUAUAAAAAAAAGAACCAUAUGUUUACUGUAGGAGAAGAUAUUGGAUGUGAUGUUAUGAUUCAUAAGGAUUUGGAUGAGCAGAAUGCAGAUGUUCCAAAAGACUUUAGAGCACCUUCCCCAUAUUGGACAAUGGUAAAACAAGAUAGUGACAUUUCUUCUUCUUCCUCUUCUACAUCAGAUGCGUUUUGGCUUGAAGACUGUGCCUAUGCUCAACAGGAAAAGGACCAACAUUUUACAGCAUAGGAACUGAUCUAAUUCUAGAUCGAAUGUUUAAUUUUCCAUGCCUUUGACAUUAACUUUAGCACUCAAUAUUUUACAAAAGGAUGUAUUCCUCUCAAUUGAAUGUGUAGAAGUAGUUGUAAUCCAGAAGCCUUAAUCUUUUUUAGGUAAUAUCAAAACAUAACCAUAACUAGCUUUGUAACUCCCAUUCCCAGAAGAGCAUUACAAUCCAGAACACCCUAUGUACUCAACUCCUUUCUGGAGAGAAUGAAUCAAUGCGUAUGAUUCUGUGAGAUUGGCAGAAUCAGGUAUGAAGAGGUCAUAACAUUGAUCUUCCCUUCUUAAGGUAAAAGGAAUAGAUUUUGAUUCAAGUCAGUAUAUGCAAAAUAUAGAUAAUCAUUUAAUUAGAAAGUUAAUACUUUUAAAAGGCUUCUCAGAUUAUGUGAUCUACUUUAUUUGUGUUGGUUUAUAGAUUACAACUUCAGAGGGGAGCCCCAGUGUAGGGAAAAUUGAAGAUGAAUCAAUGACCUGAAUUGCUUAGAGAAAACAGGAUUACAUUAAAUUUAUGCAAAUGUAUCUACUAUGAAAAGAGAAAUCCAGUCACUUAAUUUUAUAUGUGGUAACUAUUUGUAUAAAUUGCUUAAAAAUCAUUGAUCUAACAAUUCUGAAAUACUGAAUCAACUAUCCUGUUAGCCCUACCUAAAGUUUUCAUUUAUUUCCCAUCCCUACCCUACAUUUAUUUUGAAAAAAGAAAGAGUGAUCAUACCUGACAACAAAUUAAAUAUUCCGAGCCAAGUAAUAGGGCUUUCAUUUCUUAUUUCUGGAAGCUUCAUUUUUUUAGGAAAAUUUUCUUGGUUUUACUUUUUCUUUAUAAAUACACACACACACACACACACAUUCUAUUUCUUUGAUUUUCUCACUUUGUUACUGCACAUUUAUAUUCCCAUAUAUACACAUACAUUCUAUUUGAUUUCCUCACUUUUUUACCGCACAUUUAUAUUCCAGUUUUUCAUCCAUUCUUUAUUUAACACUUAAGCUUGUUUCUAGUUCUUUGGUACCGCAAAAGAUCUUUUGUUUUCGUAAUCCUUAGGCUUUGGGGGGGAAGUACUUCUUACAGCUUCAAGUGUUAUUUUUUAACAUACUUUUCUUAUUUCAAGUAUUGUAAUUUGUGGGUUAUACAUUUGGGGGAAAACUUCAUAAGCUUGGGUCAUUUUAUUUGUGUAAUUUCCACAUUUAUUUUGGAUUGAUUUUAUGUAAAAAAUUCAAAAUAUUAUGUAGUCAGAUCUGCUUUUGUUUUUUUUUUUUUCAUCUUUGUGCUUUUAAAGAUAUCCUGCCUUUACCCUCCCCUGAUCCCCAAGGUCUCAAAUUUUUUAAUGGGGUAACCUAUCUAAUUUCUUAUAUAUUGCUUUCUAGUUUUCUUAGCAGUGCUUUCAACAGUAAUUUAUAUUCUUGGGUUCAUAAUGAAUAAGAGUGCUGCUUUUUUUUUUUUAAAUUUGUUCCUGUUUUCUGCUUAUCUAAUAAACCUGUUCCACUGAUCUAUUUUUCUGUUUCUAUGAAAAUACCUGAUAGUCUGAAAUCCUGAGUGAUCUUUAUGUAAAAUUCUUUACAAGAAAAAAAAAUAACUACCCCUCUCAGGUCACCCCAUCUUUAGCAUACACUAAAGUAGAUAUUUUAAAAAUAUUUAUAACAGACUAAGAAAAAUUUAGGAAAAAAUUAUCAAAAGCAUUUUAAAUAAAAUGUUUUAUUGACUUUACAUUA